AUGAGCAAAGAAUGUGGAGAAGGGAGCAGUGAGGACCGGAUCGGUGACACCCAAGACCUCGCAGUGUUCGAAAAAACGGAUGCAGAGAUAGUGAGCAAGCUGAAAAAAGUGAAGGAGGGGAUUGCCGAGUGCAAGAAGAAUCAAAUCAAGAUGGAGCAACAAAUAGCUGACUGGGAAAAACAACAAAAACAGUUGUAUGAUCGCGAAACGGCCGAGUAUAGAAUUUUUUCUCUGGUGAGGGCACACCGUAAGUGCGUAAAGGACCGCAACGCAGCAGAGGAAAACUACACAAAUUGUAAUAACGACAAAGAAAUGCUGAAGUGGAAGCGCAGCAAAAAGUGCCCGCCAAAGCAUGACAACUUGGUGGUGUGGAAGAAGAAACUCGAGGAAGCAACGGUUGAAAGGGACCAGUGCAGCAAGGAUUCCAAGGAAGUGAUCGAAUGGGUGAAACAUCACGAGGCUGUAAAGGUCAUUUUUGAACUGCUUCGGCGGCAGGAGAAUAACUGCUAA